CGCCAAGUACGGUGUCGAACUCGCAUCAUUCCAGAAGGAUAGAGAGGUACGUAAAUACCUUCUUGUUGUUGCUUACCUUACUGACACUGCAUAGCGCGUCAAAUACUGGAUUGCUGGCUGGAGAUCAGCUCUUUCCGGUGGAGACAAAGCAGCGUAGGUUAACAAAUUUGCUCUUAUAGCAAUAGCUGCGUUGUGGUCCUCCUCGCCAUUUGAGGAAGAGCAUGCUUUGCUUUUCCACAAUAUUUUGUACCUUGGCAAAAUCUCUCCGGAAGAGACUUUGGCCUGGAACGCGUCUUUUUCGCGGUGGGAGGACAAGUACAAUCCUUUCUCGAUAUUGUAUCCGGUUCCUGGUGAGCCGGCUACCCUUCCACCCACACCACCAAGUUCCCAACAUUCCUCUUCUGGAAAGUAUGUUGCUAUUCCUAUUCCGGAUUACUUUCCCUCUCCCCCACCCUCUCCACCACCCAAAAAGCGUGGUCGCAAGCCUGGGACCAAGGAUAAGGAGAAGCGUGCCCCUCGCGGAUCUCAAAAGCACCUAACGAGGGCCGAGAGAGUAUGAUCUGGCGAGAGAAAUACAAGCU